AUGACGUCGCCUCUGAUGGCGUGCUGUGGAGGCGAGGGGCCGUACCACUUCAACUUCUCCGUGGGAUGCGGUGAUUCGACGUCGACAUGGUGUAGCGAUCCAUGGAGCUACGUUUGCUGGGAUGGGAAGCACCUCACCGAGGCAGCCUACCAUGUUAUUGCCCAUGGCAUAUUAGACGGAUCAUGCCAGCUGCAAUCUCGCCCUGCCGUCGAUUUGAUUCCCAUUGUCGACUCCUCCAUCACUGACCAACUCAUGUUGACUGAUCUCCAGGCGCUGGUUCGGGCCGGGGCGAAGACCGUGUUGGUUUCCGGCAUCUUUCCAAUGGGGUGCAUCGCUCUGUUCCUCACCAAGUUCGAGACUCAGAACGCCGCGCCGAACGAUCCAGAAACGGGUUGCCUCAAGUGGCUAAACGAGUUCUCGCAGCAACACAACCUACUGCUGCGGCGCGAGCUCCGUCGACUUCGGCGAGCCCACCCACACUCCACCAUCAUCUACGAUGACAUUUACCGAGCUCUGUUGGCCAUCUACAUGUCUCCAAGCCAAUUCGGUGAACCCCAAACUGCUGCUGCCUCUCGUGACUACGAGUUCAUCUCAUCAUGGCUUAGCGAAUGA